AUGGGGUUAGAAAUCGCAGAACCAAACUCCUGCAUUAGAGGUUGCUGCAGCAGCAGUUCAAUCCCACUUCAUCUCCCACCUUCUUCUUACACCAUCCUGUCCCCAAUCGCGAAAGGAGCAGAGAGUGUGGUCUAUGAAGCCAUCCUGAAUGGCAGAAAAGUUGCCGUGAAGAAACCCAUAUUGUCCACAUCUGAGCACAUGGACAAGUUUCACAAGGAGCUCCAACUGUUAUGCACACUGGAUCAUCCAGGGAUAUCCAGGUUGGUUGCUGCCCAUGCAAAGCCUCCCAAUUACAUGUUCUUCUUUGAACUCUUUGAACAUGGAAGUCUCGCCGACAAAUUGCAUGCUGAAGAGUGGAAUCCAAGCAUCCAUCAGGUGCUUCUUAUCGCUCUCCACCUUGCCAAGGCUUUGCAGUAUCUGCACAAGCUUGGCAUUGUCCAUAGAGAUGUGAAACCAGCAAACGUGCUUCUCGACGAUAACCUUCAUCCUCACUUAUCUGACUUUGGCCUGGCAGAAUACUGGAGCAAUCUCAAACAAGUCUCGGCACAAAACUGGAGAUCUUCAGGAAAGCCGACUGGUGGGUUUCAUAAAAAGAAUAUGGUUGGCACGCUUAUCUACAUGGCCCCUGAAAUAUUGAGAAAGGAUGUUCACACUGAACAAUCCGAUGUCUACAGCUUUGGGAUAACAGUAAACGAGAUUCUCACUGGUGUCGUCCCUUAUACUGAUCUACGAGCAGAAGCUCAGGCCCAUACAGUGUUGGAAAUGAACUAUACCGAGCAGCAACUCACAGCUGCUGUGGUUUCUGAUAAACUGAGACCUGCUCUUGCUACUCUUCCUCUCUCAGGUGGAUCUCCACUGCCAAGUAGUCUGCUUUCUUUGAUACAGAGGUGUUGGGAUGAUAAACCUGAUAGCAGACCUUCUUUCAAUGACAUAGUGUCAGAACUAGACUUGAUGAUGGAGCAGGAAUUGGUUUCAGUGGUCCCUGUGGAUAAAUUUAAAAAAUCUUCUGUUACUUACCAGGAGGCUACUAACUGGUUCGAUAAGGGAGAACAACAGUCAAAGGGAGCAUCUUUUGUAGGUUUAAGCAAUUGGGUUGAUUCCUCGUUGCAAGAUUAUCAUCCAGUGCUUUCUUGUGGAUCCUUUGCUUCUCGUGGUAGAAGGGAGACAAUGGAGGAUACGCACUUCCUGAAGCCCAACUUCUGCAACGAAAACUUCAUCCACUUUUUUGGUAUCUUUGAUGGGCAUAGAGGUGGAGCAGCAGCUGAAUUCUCGGCAAAAGCUCUGCCAGGGUUCUUGCACCAUCCAGCAACAAUAAGCAACAGCCCUGGAGAUGCACUGAUCGAAUCGUUCAUCAAAACAGAUGUCGCAUUCAGGAAAGAACUGGAUUCCCAUCGCAUCACCAGAAAAAACACUCAGAAAGACUGGCAUCCCGGUUGCACUGCUAUGGCUUCCUUAAUAGUCGGAAACAGACUGUUCGUUGCCAAUGCAGGCGAUUGCAGGACGGUGCUAUGUCGAGCUGGCAAUGCGUUUCCUCUGACCAAGGAUCACACUGCGAGCGAUCCUGAAGAGAGGGAACGGGUUGUGAAUGCCGGUGGAGAAGUCGAGUGGCGUGUUGACACUUGGAGGGUGGGUCGAGCUGCGCUUCAGGUUACUCGCUCAAUUGGUGAUGAUGAUCUGAAGCCUGCUGUCACUGCUGAACCGGAGGUAACGGAGACUAAUCUAACGGAAGAGGACGAGUUCCUGGUGAUGGCGAGCGACGGGUUGUGGGAUUGUGUGAAGAACGAUGACGUGGUGAGCAUUGUUAGGGACACCGUGAAAGAACCCACGAUGUGCUCCAAGAGACUGGCAACGGAAGCUGCAGAGCGAGGUAGUAAUGAUAACAUUACUGUGAUCGUGGUAUUCCUCCGGCCGGUAUCAACAGCAGAACGAGUUUACUAG